AUGAAGCAUUUAAUAAUAGUUGCUAAGGAAGAUAAUAAUACAAACAUAAUUCAUUCUGAAUUGAUUGAUCAAAGACAAAUUGAACAUGUUGGAAAUUCAUUGAAUUUUCUAGAUCCUCAUGGAAAACAAUGUUCUAAUAAAAAUGUAAAUAAAAAUAGUCAAUAUGAAGAUGAAGUGAUUAAAACUGGCGUUUAUUCAAUACGCUGUUGGUUAGUCGUAAUCAGUUUCAUAACAAUAGCUUAUGUAACCAAGACAAACUAUCUGGAAUAUUCAAAUAAACCAAUUGUAAAACAGACUCAACAUUGUUUCGUUUGUGACAAUUAUGCAAGUUUGUCAGACAGUUCUGGUUUUCGUCCUGGUCCAGGGACCGGAUUAGCAUGGUUUGGUGGGAAGCCAGUAGUUGGUGGUUGGACUAGUAUGUCCAGUAAUGGAAAUCAUUAAGAAAUGGACUGACUAGUUUACAAAUAUCAAGACUGUGUUCAGAAAGAGUAAAUCGUUCGGCAAUCAAGUUGCUUAUCGAUUCAGCAAAUUAUGGAAAGUGUGAAAAUAUAAAUUAUAAUGGUUGUGCUAAAAUUGUGACAAAAAGUUGGAGGGUUCGACCACAACUCGGCAUACCAUCAUUGACUGCUGUAGUUGUAUCACGUACAUGUGCUGCUAUUCCAGAAGGAUAUGGUGUCGGUUGUUUUAAUUCAGUUGGUGGUGCUGGUAUGCGAAGAACUAUAUGCUAUUGUCGAGGUAACUUUUGCAAUUAUU